AUGAUCGUGCACUAUCUGCCCCAUCAGCGCAGCGCCCUGGUGGCCUUCGCGAUCUGGCUCCUCUUCGACAUCUACGGCCGCCCCAGAGAGAUCCGCGAGUUGCGACUGCAGGACGUCGCGCCGCCGACCGUAGCGGCGUCGGGCGCGCGCCGCUUCGUCUCGGUGACGCUCCAUGCCCAGGAGGUCGGCGACGUCUCGAAGACAGGCGAGUUCGACGCUUCGGCGCGGCUGGACCUCGAGAGGCAGACGGGGCUGGCAGCAGGCCGGCCCGCGAUGGCGGCGGCGCGCCGCCGAGAGGUUGCUCCUGCCACGGCGCCGCCCCUCGCGAGGCGGCGAACGCGCGGCGCGAGGCGGCGCGCGCUCUGGGGCUGGCGAAGCUAG